CAUAAGAGCGCCCAGGCACACGCUCCAAUUAGUGUUUAUCAACCCCUUUCUGAAUGACACACACAGUGAUUCUGGGCCAGUCUCCGUCCCUUGGAGGACGUCACCUAGCCAUGAGAGAGAGCAGAAAAAAAGACAGAGGAGUAUUUAUAGAAGAAAAUGGGGGCCCUUUUUGGAGAGCGGUUUUAUUAAGGAGCGGAGUAGAGCGAGGGCGUCCCAGUUUUAUCAUUAACACUGUGCAAACGGGCUGCAAGACUGCAAGGGCACACUCUGGGAGGAGAUUCUGGAGUAACUCUGUGACAAGUCUUCAUGUACUGUCACCCUUUUCUUGUGUUGCGGUGGCAGUGUGGAUGACUCUGUAGAGGACUCUGUGGAUGACUCUGUGGAGGACUCUAAAGAUGGAGUAUUUUGAAUUGACAACCCCUCUUGUUUGAAUGGGGGCUGUUGGUGUGGUCCAAGGGGCUUUUUUACUGUACAGCCGGGUUGGAUACUAGCUCACAGAUAGGCCACCUGCAGUUUGAUACAAGAUGAAGAAAUUUCUACAGAACAAGAAAGGCAGAUACUCUUUCAGGAACCAAAACAAGCCUGCUGUUCCUCGCUAUCCAUCUAAAGAUGACUUCAUUGCGAUGCCGACAUCCAAUCAGGGCUGGCCAGAGGAGUUUGGCUUCCAGCUGGGAGGAAGUGGUCCUAGCUACAUCCUGUCUGUGGAGGAGGGGAGCAGUGCCUACCUGGCAGGGCUGCAGCCAGGUGACCAGGUGCUGGAGAUCGAGGGCCAGAAUGUGUCCACUCUGGGAGUCCAGGCUGUCAUCUCCAUCGCUCAGGCGCAGAGGAACAUCCCUCCCAGCAUCGGAGUGGUGUCUCGCAUCCAGCAGAUGGACAUCACCCCGGGUCCUGAUGGUCGUUUUGGCUUCACCAUCGUAGGAGACUGCCCCCUCCUGGUGGAGGACUGUUCCCCCUGCUCUCCGGCGGGACGGGGUGGCCUGCGGGCCGGUGACUACGUCAUGGAGGUCAACGGGAUCCCGGUGAGGCAGCACGAGAUGGCGGCAGCGCUGAUCAAGGCGUCCCUGGGGCGUACGCUGAGGCUGGGGGUGCUGUGUCUGGGGCCCAGACAGAAAGUACGCAGCAGUGGGAGUAUGGAUGGGCUACAGUCUGGGGGAGACGGGAUGAGGAAGGACCGCAAACACAAGGCCCUGGAGUUCAACAGGAAGAUUGACCAGAUUUUGGGGGAGGAGCCUGAGGUGAAGGAGAGGCUGUUUGCGGUGCUGAAGCAGUAUGCUGCGGAGAAGAAGGUUGAUUGGCUGGCCUCUGUCCUCCCAGACAUCCUCACCACUGACGAGCAGCAGACGCUCAUCGGCAACAUCAGGAUCUUCAUCCCCAAGAAGCACCGACAGCGGUUCGACGAGGCCGUGUCCCAGAGCCUGAUCCAGAAGAUCUGUCGCAGUAAGAGCAUCAGCGAGCCGGGCCGGCAGGGCCGUCUGAGACGUAGCCGCAGCGAGGACCACCCUGACCGCCACCACGGCUCCAAACGGGCCAGGUCAGUACCUCGGGAUCCUGGGGAGGACGGAGGAGGACAGGAGAGAGGAGAGAGGGGGUACAGGAAGUCCACGUCGGGCAAACCUGGACAUCAAUCAGAAGCCAAUCAGAGCCUCCGUGCUCCCCCCAGGACAGUGAGGGUUUACAGAGGGAAGAAGAGUUUUGGGUUCACCCUGAGAGGCCAUGCCCCUGUCUGCAUCGACUCUGUCAUCCCAGACAGCCCCGCUGAAGACUGUGGUCUCAAACCAGGCGACCGCAUCCUUUUCCUCAAUGGGCUGGACAUGAGAAACUGUUCCCAUGAGAAGGUGGUGUCCAUGCUGCAGGGCAGUGGGGCCAUGCCCACCCUGGUGGUGGAAGACGGACCCUCUGGUUACUCCCACUCUGACCAGAGUGACCAGGAAGACUCUCCCACAGGCCUUGCCCCUGCCGUGGCCCCCAGGUCCCGCUCCCGCUCCCCGGUCCCCCUCAGCUCCCUGCAGUGGGUGGCUGAGAUCCUACCCCCCAGCAUCAGGGUCCAUGGUCGCACCUUUAGCCAGCAGCUGGAUCAUCUCCUGACGGUGCAGGAGAGAUACACCAUCUGCAAGGCCCUGGAGACCUUCUUCCAACAGAGGAACGUGGACACCCUGAUUGUUGAUGUGUUCCCGGUGUUGGACACUCCAGCCAAGCAGGUGAUCUGGCAGUUCAUCUACCAGCUGUUGACCUACGAGGAGCAGGAACACUGUCAGAGCAAGAUUUCACGCUUCCUUGGCUUUAAGACUGCAGCAGCAACAGAGCCAGAGUCAGAGCCAGGUGCAGGACAGGAGCACCACAGGAGGAGCAGCUCAGUGCGUGUGUCAGGCACCUCCUACAGAGGCACCGUACGGGAGAGGAGCUCUGAUGACUGCAUCAUCAGAACACACCUGGGAAUGGGGAUUCAUGUGGCUGCACCAGGGAAUGGGAGUGGGACACCCGGAGAGAGACAGUGUGGAGAUGGCACCUCCUUCCCAGAGUCCCCUGACCUGAAUCACAUUUCAGGAGUGUACACGGAACUGGAGAGUGUGUACACAGGGAAGAGUGCCGUGAAGGCCAUGCAGCAGAAUCACAAUCGCUGCUCUCCACUGACCCAGCCUGACCGAGAUGAGCUGGGACAGACUGACGCCUAUGGCCAGUCUCCAGCUCGCUCCUCUCUCAGUCAAGGUAGCACAGGGAACCGUAAAUCAGGUCUGUCUCUGACAUGGAAGGAACCUCUGCCCGACCCUCUGUAUGAGUUCUACCACGGGGGAACCAUCGCCUCUCCGGGCAGCGCUGACUCCAACCCCUACGUGAGCCUGGAGAGCCGCCUCCCUCCCCCCCAGAACUCUGACGACCCCACCAGCCCCCUGUCCAGACGCAGGAAGCUUUUCACCUUCUCCAGACCCCCCCGGAGCAGGGACACUGACAAGUUCCUGGACGCUCUGAGUGAACAGCUGGGACACCGUGUCACUCUGGUGGAAGACUUCCUCCCUGGAGAGAAUGACUAUGAGGAGAUGAGUUUCCAGGAUGAGCAGGAGGUGAGCUACCUCCCCCGCCAGCUGAGCAGUGCCAGCAGUGAGGACAUCAGCAGCAACGAUGAUGCCACCUCCCUCACCUACUCCUCUGGGUCAGAACACAUCCCCAUCCCCCCACCCCCGCAGAGUGCCCCACCACCCCCGCCCUUGCCCACCCCCUUACCCCCACCACCCUUCGGCUUCUCUGACCCCCUCCCCAUUACCGCUCCCCAGAGUCACCCUCCCCAGCCCCCUCACUCACAGACCUAUGAGACCCCCAUCUCAGUGUCAGAACUCCAGAAACACAAGGUCCCCCCACCACCCCCUCCACCACUGCCGCCCCCCUGCGACCCGCCUCCGCUGCCCAGUUCCAGUCCCUGUGCUGGGGACACCAACCACAUGAGUGUGAAGAGACUGCGCUGGGAGCAGGUGGAGAACUCUGAGGGAACCAUCUGGGGACAGCUUGGAGAGGACCCCGACUAUGACAAACUGAGUGACAUGGUGAAGUAUCUGGAUCUAGAGUUGCACUUUGGUACCCAACGGAGUUCCAAGCCAGCCUUCCUGCCCGAGAGCUUUAAAAAGAAAGACGUGGUGGAGAUUCUGUCUCAUAAGAAAGCCUACAACGCCUCCAUCCUGAUCGCCCACCUGAAGCUGUCUCCAGGUGAGCUGCGCCAGGUGCUGAUGACUAUGAGCACAGACAGACUGGAGCCGGCCCACAUCAAGCAGCUUCUGCUCUACGCCCCCGAUGACCAGGAAGUCAAACAGUACCAAUGCUUCGACCAGGACUCCGCCAAACUCAGCGACCCUGACCAGUUUGUCCUGCAGAUGCUGAUGGUCCCUGAGUAUAAGACUCGUCUGCGGAGCCUCCAUUUUAAGACGACCCUGCAGGAGAAGACAGAGGAGAUGAAGGCUGGAUAUGAAUGGAUCUACAGGGCCUCGGUAGAACUCAGGAGCAGCAAGAAACUGGCCAAGAUCCUCGAGUUUGUGCUGGCAAUGGGGAAUUACCUGAACAAUGGUCAACCCAAGACAAACAAAACCACUGGCUUUAAGAUCAACUUUCUCACUGAGCUCAGCACCACUAAAACGGUGGAUGGUAAAUCCACCUUCCUCCACAUUCUUGCCAAAUCGCUAUGCCAACACUUCCCAGAACUGUUGAACUUUGCCAGGGACCUCACAACCGUGCCCCUCGCAGCCAAAGUGAAUCAGCGUAUCCUGACAGCUGAGCUGGCUGACCUCCACUCCACCAUCCAGGACAUCAGGACAGCCUGUCAGAAGAUCCCUGCCACGGCCGAGGAUCACUUCGCUGCCGUCAUGAGUGGCUUCCUGGAGAACAGUCACCCAGCGGUUCAGUCUCUGGACUCUCUGCAGCUGAGAGCCAUGGACGAGUUCACUAAGGUGGCCUCGUACUUCGGAGAGGACAGCAAGGCCACCUCCACUGAGGCCUUUUUCGCCAUUUUUGCUGAGUUUACUUCCAAGUUUGAGAGAGCACUGAAUGAGACCCAGACUACUGAGAACCCCUGCAGCCCAAGAGUGCCCUCUCCCCUGGCCUGGUAGAAUAAGACCCAGGCCACUGAGAACCCCUGCAGCCCCAGAGUGCCCUCUCCCCUGGCCUGGUAGAAUAAGACCCAGGCCACUGAGAACCCCUGCAGCCCCAGAGUGCCCUCUCCCCUGGCCUGGUAGAAUAAGACCCAGGUCACUGAGAACCCCUGCAGCCCCAGAGUGCCCUCUCCCCUGGCCUGGUAGAAUAAGAUCCAGGUCACUGAGAACCCCUGCAGCCCCAGAGUGCCCUCUCCCCUGGCCUGGUAGAAUAAGACCCAGGCCACUGAGAACCCCUCAGCCCCAGAGUGCCCUCUACCCUGGCCUGGUAGAAUAAGACCCAGGCCACUGAGAACCCCUGCAGCCCCAGAGUGCCCUCUCCCCUGGCCUGGUAGAAUAAGACCCAGGCCACUGAGAACCCCUGCAGCCCCAGAGUGCCCUCUACCCUGGCCUGGUAGAAUAAGACCCAGGCCACUGAGAACCCCUCAGCCCCAGAGUGCCCUCUACCCUGGCCUGGUAGAAUAAGACCCAGGCCACUGAGAACCCCUGCAGCCCCAGAGUGCCCUCUCCCCUGGCCUGGUAGAAUGAGACCCAGGCCACUGAGAACCCCUCAGCCCCAGAGUGCCCUCUCCCCUGGCCUGGUAGAAUAAGACCCAGGCCACUGAGAACCCCUGCAGCCCCAGAGUGCCCUCUCCCCUGGCCUGGUAGAAUAAGACCCAGGCCACUGAGAACCCCUCAGCCCCAGAGUGCCCUCUCCCCUGGCCUGGUAGAAUAAGACCCAGGCCACUGAGAACCCCUGCAGCCCCAGAGUGCCCUCUACCCUGGCCUGGUAGAAUAAGACCCAGGCCACUGAGAACCCCUGCAGCCCCAGAGUGCCCUCUACCCUGGCCUGGUAGAAUAAGACCCAGGCUACUGAGAACCCCUGCAGCCCCAGAGUGCCCUCUCCCCUGGCCUGGUAGAAUAAGACCCAGGCCACUGAGAACCCCUGCAGCCCCAGAGUGCCCUCUCCCCUGGCCUGGUAGAAUGAGACCCAGGCCACUGAGAACCCCUGCAGCCCCAGAGUGCCCUCUCCCCUGGCCUGGUAGAGACUGGAUAGCUCCUCUGCUCUCCUCAACCAAAGUGCCAAGACAACACAAACAAACAGUCACAGCUACUGGGACACAAACAACAUGAUCUUCAACACUGCGGAAUGCCGUAGGGCCAGGAGUUCUUCCUGACCAUGUGAUCUGACCAAAAGAACUCUCAGCCAAAGGGUCCAGAGUUUUUCCUGGGAAGGUCAAGUAGCUCUAUAUGUUCAGAUAACAAGAGUAUAUAUUUUAUAUUGGAUUGUAUUAAAUACAAAAUUAUAAUGAAAUUGUAAAGAUAAAGCAUAGAUGUACAGGUAACUGACAAAAUAAAGGAAACACCAACAUAAAGUGUUUUAAUAGGGCGUUGGGCCACCACGAGCCAGAACAGCUUCAAUUCACCUUGGCAUAAAUUCUACAGGUUGUUAUAACUAUAUUUGAUGGAUGCUACACCAUUCUUCCAUGAGACAUUCCAUCUUUUGGUGUUUUGUUGACGGUGGUGGAAAACGCUGUCUCUGGUGCUGCUCCAGAAUCUCCCAUAAGUAUUCAGUUGGGUUGAGAUCUGGUGACUGAGAGUGACACACACGCACACUUUAGCCAUGGUAGCCAUAAUAAUGGGCAACUGGGCAUUUCUAUACAUGACCCGAAGCAUGAUGGGAUGUUAAUUGCUUAAUUAACUCAGGAACCACACCUGCUUUCAGUAUACUUUGUAUCCCUCAUUUACUCAAGUGUUUCCUUUAUUUUGGCAUUUAUUUUCUAAAAUGACCAUGACAUUUUAGAUGGCUGAUAGUCAGACGUAUAUGAAUUUUAUCUAGAGCUGAGCGCUAUUUUUACAGAUGGACUUGAUCUGCAAAGUGUCCUACAACAGAAACACAUAAUCACUGCCUCGUAGAUUGUGAUGAUAGAAUGCAGUAUAAACCUACCUAAAAGCAUUACAUUGGCAUGACAAACAUACUGUGAAUUAUUAUUACAACAUUUAGAAGCUUUCUGGUGCCAAUGUAAUUGCAGUCAUCCUAACAUUUGGCAUUUCAAAACUUGCUCUGGGCAGGGGAAACAAAAAUAAUACCACUAUCCUAAGUGUUUUAAAAGUGUUUUACAGUAUGAAGAGCAUACAUGAAAUACGAGCGUUAACCCAGUGGGGCUAAUAUAUGAAUAGCUGCUAACUGAAAGUCAUCCAUCCAUUUUAGCAUUGAGUGGUCCAGGCGGCUCUUGCGGUCACUGUGGUUGUUACUGAUGAACCGUCCAUUCCACUGCCAUAACUUUCACCUGUAUCAACAGUCUUGUUUUAGAACAAAUAUUCACUGUUUUCUAGUGUGCAUUUAAAGCUGUUUUGAAUGUAUUUCUUGUGUUUCUACUUUCCCUCCAUAAUUCAUUUUCACAUAUACAUUUAAGUCAGAGCUGCCAUCAUGAAAAUACAAACAUAUUUAUUUACAGACCUGUUGUACCAGGCUUGUAAUUUGUCGGCAUGUUAAAAAAGACAGUGCUACAUGUUUAAAUCUUGUCACAAGUGCAGUACAGUUUUAUGACAAGCAUUUGCAUGUUGCUAUCUAUAGGUGUUGUUUUUGUGUUAAAAUUAUUGUACAUCUGGAUUUGUUUACUUUUAUUGUAUUCUCACAAGUUUGGUCUAAAAUGUAGACCUAUUAUAACUCUAGAUCAAUUUGAGUUUGUUAAUGUAUUUAAAUGUUCAUUUUGUAUAGCCUGAGUGUGUUUUUUCUAUGUUUUCAUUGAUAUUAAUGGAGUACUUUGUAUAGUUCAAAAAGUAUUGACUUUUUAUGUUGGCCAUGUGGUUGCUUCUGGAUCAGUUGUACUUGUUUUGGAUCUGUAAAAAAUACAUAAAUGCUUGACAAAUAAA